AUGGGCAACAGCCAGGGCAAGCCUACUAACUUCAACGACGAAGUGAACCUCAAUCACUUCCGCUUAUUACGGGUCGUCGGUCGAGGUGCCUUUGGCAAAGUUCGAAUCGUAGAGAGGAAAGACACAGGCCUGUCCUUCGCCCUCAAAUACAUCCGCAAAGAUGAAGUCGUGCGGUCUGAAAGCGUUCGGAAUAUCAUACGGGAACGACGCAUGCUCGAGCAUGUGAACCACCCCUUCAUCUGCAACUUGCGAUAUAGUUUCCAAGAUAUCGAGUACAUGUACUUGGUUGUCGACCUGAUGAGCGGAGGCGACCUGCGGUUUCACAUAUCGAGAAAGACCUUUACCGAAGACGCUGUGCGCUUUUGGAUUUCCGAAUUGGGCUGUGCCCUGAGAUACAUCCACGGUCAAGGCAUCAUACAUCGGGACGUAAAGCCGGACAAUGUCCUGUUGGAUGCUGAUGGCCACGUCCACUUGACAGAUUUCAAUGUCGCGUCGGAUGUCAUACCGGGCAAGGUCCUGACGAGCAAGUCCGGGACACUGGCCUAUCUUGCCCCCGAAGUCUAUGCUGGCAAGGGGUACGACGUGAAGGCCGAUUGGUGGUCACUAGGAGUGCUAUUCUACGAAUGCAUAUAUAACAAGCGACCGUUCGAGGGCAAUUCGGAAUCGACACUUACGAACGUUAUCCUCGCCGCACGCCCGAAGUACCCCGUCACACAACCGCCUGUCUCAUCCCCGUGCCGGUUCGCGAUAGAGCAUGCCUUGAAUCCGAAUCCUAAUCAGAGGCUGGGAUGUACUUGGGAGAGCUUCAUCCACGACCCGUUCUUCGAACCUCUGAAUUUUGACGAUUUAGAGAAGAAGCAGAUUGAACCUGUGUUUGUGCCCUCUUCCGAAAAGACCAACUUUGAUGCUACAUACGAUCUCGAGGAGCUUUUGCUGGAAGAGGCACCGCUGGAGGCCCGAGCUCGAAGACAGAAGCCGAGAGAGAGGUUAAAGGACGAUGCGACCGACAAGGAGAUUCGGGAGGAAGAGCUUUACCGUAGCAUCGAGCGAGACUUUCAGCCAUUUAACUACACCGCGGCUACCUACGAGAAGUUAAUUGCAUUGCAGAAAACCGAAAACGGUGACGAAGAUUCACUGGUUGGUCAAGUAAGCAACGAACCUCAGGCCAUAACCACGAACGAAGUAAGCAUGGCUCCAACGACGAACGGGUCCACGCAACGUCCGCAGGCGGUGCAUGGGACGUCUACAGACGGGGUGUAUCCGCAAAGUGGAAGCCAGGGAAAAAAGAACGGCCCGCGGCAGGUUCAAAGGCUUGCAUCGUAUUACCAAUCAGACACGCGGAACCCGACAUCAUCGGGUAUGCAGGUCAAGUCACCGACUGGUGGCAUGUCUGUAACACUGGACGACACAAGCAGCUGGUCCGAUUUGGCUCGGCGAGAUGCCACGUUGCCGGCCGACGCCAAUACGGUGAACGACGACAAAGCGGGUGGUUCCAGUGGCAGCAGCGUCUUUGGCCUUUUCGGGCGGAAGAGGAGAGGCCACAGCCCAAAACCGAAAGAGAGAGGAGUCUUGGGGAAAGAAGGGGCACGACAAGUCAUUAGUUGA